AUGUUAAAGAGAGAACACAUCAAAGCACGUUUCGAAAGGAAGUACGGUUAUAUUGGUGCUGUUGCAUGCAUUGAUGGAGUACACAUCGAGAUCACUGCUCCUCUUGAGAACCGUGAUCAACAUGUCAACAGACACCAUACAUAUUCCAUGCUUGUGCAAGCUGUCUGUGACGACCAGCUGCUUUAUCGAGAUGUCUACAUUGGUAAUCCAGGGGCAAUUGGUGAUGUCAGAAAUUUUGAUAAUAGCGACCUUUCUAUGAACCUACUAACGGACCCUGACAUGCUGUCUGAAGGAGAGCACCUGUUGGGUGAUGGAGCCUAUAUUCUGACUGACAAGUUGAUGAUUCCUUAUGGUGACAACGGUAACAUUGAACCUUGGAUGAGAACUCAUAAUAUGCUACUCUCAGCUUGUCGUGUAAGAAUAGAGAACAGUUUCGCUUUGCUUAGAGCUAAAAACAGGCGCCUAAAGAAAUUACCAAUGACAAACCCAUAUCUUGUGAGAUAUCAUAUCACUGCAUGUUUUACAAUCACAAAUUUCAUCACAUUGGAAGGGAAUGAAUGUGAGGGAUUCACUGCCCCUGUACCUGCUCCUAUACCAGAAGCUGAUACAAUCGUCUUCUGGAAGAAUCAAGAGAACUUGGUGCUGUCAAACGUGAAUUUAUAGCUAAUGUUCUCCAUCCUCACUGAAAAAUGUCUUGGGUCAUAAUGUUUUAUAUUAUUGUUAUAAUUAACAAAUUAAACAAACAAAUUAAAUUUAUGUAAAACAAUUUAGGUUGUCAAAUGGAAGUACAGAACACUCGUCUGUACAACAAAUAAAAUAGAAAUUUAGCCAAUAACAAAAGUAAAAUAUACAUGGCAGCAGCA